GGGGCGCGAGUGCCAGUUCGUGAGCGUGCGCGUUCUCGCCGCCACCGGUGCCGCUUCCGCCGUCCUCUGCUGCUGCUGCCGCUGUCGCCGCCCCGGAUCCUCAGGCAGAGCAGUGGGACGGCCGGCUGUCCAGCAGCACCGCGGUAGGGAGAACGGAACCGCGGAACCGGUGGACAGGCGGGCGGGCGACAGCCCAGAUCCCAUGCCUUCAGGAAUGAUUCUUGUUUUCCUGUAGUCAGAUUAAUCUAACAUGGCUGACCAGAGGCAGCGCUCACUCUCUACCUCCGGGGAAUCAUUAUAUCAUGUUCUUGGGCUAGACAAGAAUGCAACCUCGGAUGACAUUAAAAAGUCCUACCGGAAGCUGGCCCUGAAAUACCACCCUGACAAGAACCCUGAUAACCCAGAGGCUGCAGACAAGUUUAAGGAGAUUAACAACGCCCACGCCAUCCUGACAGAUGCCACGAAAAGAAACAUAUAUGACAAGUAUGGCUCGCUGGGGCUCUACGUGGCCGAACAAUUUGGGGAAGAGAACGUCAACACCUACUUCGUACUCUCCAGCUGGUGGGCCAAGGCCCUGUUUGUUGUCUGUGGCCUCCUCACCUGCUGCUACUGCUGCUGCUGUUUGUGCUGUUGCUUUAACUGCUGCUGUGGGAAAUGCAAGCCCAAGGCACCUGAGGGUGAAGAGACGGAGUUCUACGUAUCGCCUGAAGACCUGGAGGCUCAGCUGCAGUCUGAUGAGAGGGAGGCUACAGACACACCGAUUGUCAUACAGCCAGCAUCUGCCACAGAGACCACCCAGCUGACGGCUGACUCCCACCCCAGCUAUCACACCGACGGGUUCAACUAAAUUCAGGAGAGGCUGUGAUUAGAGGAUGAAUCAGCACCUGGCCACUGCAACCUUAGAAUCAUGAACAGUAGUCACUGAGAUGGGGAGGCAGCCGUCAACCUGACCUGCUGUGGCUUGUCAGGGCCCCUCCCACCUCCUCUAAGCCCACCCAUCUGUCAAUCCUUGAUACACGAAGUGCGUAGCAUGCAGUAUUUAAAGCAGUGUAGCUACGGUCUUCUUCUGUUUUAUCCUUUUGUUUAAUAGCAUGUAUGGGUUAUGUUCAAUGUCUGUGUUGUGGAUGUGCUACAGCUGGGCUGAAUUAACUGGAUGGUAGUGCUUUCUUGGGUUUUAAGCCAAGUGGAUCCAGUGAGGUUCAGCUGUCUCCUUGUGCUUACAGGAGUCAGGUAGGCACCUGGAGCUACAUCUGUCUCCAUGUUGGCCUCUGUGUCCUGUGACAUGGUCUAGUUCAUGGCUCUGAUCUCACCUGCGAAGGAGGGAGCUGGGCCCCGUCCUCCCAGGCACCACCAGCAUCAGUCUUUGCACAGCGUUCGUGUUAGACCUGCUGUGGAGAGCGCAGGUACGCCCUUCUGAAAGGGAGAGCACACUCUGUAGUGUCCUUGUGGACUGGAAUCCUGUCAUUGGAGGCAUGUCCCUUGCUGGUGUGUGGGAAAUCAUUUGUCUCUGUUCUGCACCUUUCCAGGUCAAAAGCUGGAUUGACGGGGCCACAGCCUCCUUUCCUCAUUCCUGGGUCAUCUUCCACAUUCCUUCAAGCCAACCUUGUUAAUUUUUAUUUAUUUUAUUUUAUUGUGGGGGGGGACUUUAAGAACCACAAAUGGUAGCACCUGCCACUUAGUCAUAGUCAGAAAGUCUUUGAGUCCAAUUGUGGGUGGCAUAUAGCUGCUUAUAAAGAGAGUGAGUGCCCAGGAUCAGAACCUCCUCCUGUGCUUGCCAGAGCUCCAUCCAUCCCACUUGCCUUUGCUUCCACCUCUCAUCAUCGAUGCCUCUGGCAGAGCUGGGAUGUUGGGUUCGUGGUGCACCUGACUCAGAAGGGUUGACUUUUAGGGAAACUUUGGUGACAGUUACUGGACCUGGGAUGCCAGCUGCAAGCCACAGAAUUACUUUGUGAACUUCUCUCCAGUCAGUAUUCCAGUCUUGGUCACAGGUACCAUGGUGUACAGAGUUGAAAAAUGUGAUUACCAGGGAUUUUGAACCACCCUACCCUUUUACAGUUAGCUGGAUUCGCUGUGCCAGACUUCAGUGAGCCAGGUUCCUCCAGAACCUUCUGCUGGCUGCUACUGACCGUCCGCAUUUCCAGUACAGAGGAAGGAGAAAGCUCAUGUAGUGGCUCAGACAAACCACCAUAUGUUUCCAAAGCCACCAUCCACCUCCUGGCCCCUGCUUACCAGGGCCUUCAGGGAUCAGAUCAGGUUGACAGGAAGUUGCAAGAAGAGGUAGCAUUGUGAGGACAAACUUGGCAGUGAUUGAGGGUGCCUAUCCAGGUUCUGGGAGACAUUGAUGCCAGGGUUCCCAGCUGACCCUACAGGAGAACUACAUGAGCCAGAAGCUGGCUUCAAAGUCUUACUAUGGGUUUGUAAGUUCGUUUUAUUCUUUAUAAGAUUUUAGGGAUAUUCAUUAUCAUACUGAAUUAGAAAUAAUUUGUAAACGUCAGACCUAUGGCUACAUGUAGUGGAACUUGCCUGUAAUCAGCACUAGGGGGGGCUGAGAUAGAAAGACCUUGAGUUGCAGGGCAGUCUGGGCUUUAUACAUUAAGACCCCUACUCAAAAAAAAAUCUAGUAGAAGAAUGAGAAAUUAGCGGGGUGGUGGUGGUGCACACCUUUAAUCCUAGCACUCCAGAAGGAGAGGCAGGUGGAUCUUUUGAGUUCCAGGCUAGCCUGGUCUACAGAACAAAUUUUAGAACAGCUAGGGGUGUUACAUAAAGAAACCCUGUCUCAAAAAAACAAACAAAAAGAAGAGAAAAUCAUUGCUGGGUCUAUUGUUGUAACAAAGGAAGAAGAGGCCACUGGGUAAUCUGGGGUUCUGGUUCACAUCACCCUAGUGUUGGUGCCCUUUCACCACGAUGGCCAGGAAACAGGUUAUGAGUAGAAAGCUACAGUCUGGUAGCACAUCCUCCUGCCUGGGGCUCUGUGGCCCUUUCUCUUACAUCCCAGUGAGCCAGGUACUGUUGGGUAAGAGCACAGAGGUCGAACCUAGUAUCUUUUUGAAUUUGUAAAGCUAAGUAAAUCAUGUUGAUCUUGAAACCAUCAGUAUGUACAACAGUUUCAAGGUGAUAAUAGUGAUUGCCAAGGCCACUGAACUCUCUGACCUAUCCCUGAACACAAACUCCCUUGCAAGGUUUUGCUGAGUUGACCUAAAUUCUCCUUGGUUUCAUUUGCCCUGACCUAAACAUAGCUGGUGAGUCUUAGGAUCAGCCUGACUAUUCCUGACCAAAUACUAUUAAAUAUAAAGAAGUUCAUCCAGUGCAGUGGAUGCCCCUUAAGAACCAGAAACCCAACCACUUCUGACCUACAGAGAGUACUUAGGAGGAACCCUGGGGACCCAUCUCACCAAGGCUAGAGUGUAGAUUUCUGUUUGUGCCCAAUGAUGUGGUCUUUCCUUGUCUUCCUUUUGACUGUGUUUUUAAAUUACUUUAGAUAAUUCUGUGCAAUGUUUAUAACCCUUCCUAGUCUUCUGAUGUUCAGUUAACACAGCCAGCACCCAAUGGGGACCUGUUAGGAAAAGAAACCAGUGCUUAAUGUGGUUAGCAGGAAACUUUCCCAAGUUGUCGGUUACUGGGUUUGUUCCCGAAUAAUAAAGCCAAGUCUCUUCUCAAAUGUUCAGGUGCCAGGUUUUACUAAUACCAGUGCCCCUUGUCCUGCUGACCCAUGACUUUUAUUCCAGGUAAAUCUUGUACAAAGAAGCUGCUGUUGCAGCUGGUAGUCUCCAUCAUUCAAGCUGUCCCUGGAAAGUCUAGGUGCUGUGGUAUGGAGAGCUGGUGGGCCAUUACCAUCUUCCUUGGCUUUCAGUGCACCUUUUAUUGAGGGAUAGCUGUGAACAGUGUAAAACAUGACUGAUCUCAUUCUUUUCCCAGGGUUUUGAGCUGUGAACCCAUGUGUCUCAGCACUGACCUGUUCCUUUUAUUUUGGUUCAGUUUUCCUCCUAUGGAAAUAGCAAAAGCUACAUCUUUACUAUCCUCACAAGCACAGUAUGUGUUGUCACAUGCUGUGAGUGUGGGCUAUGGUGUGUGUUGGUGUGUGUACAUAUGUGUAUAUGUAUAUAUCAUGCAGCAGGCCUGUCAUGCUGCUGUUUGGUGGCAAAGCAACAAGUACAAUAAAAGUCGGCUCCAAAACA